AUGAUGAGAGCACUUAUCUCAACAGCUUUUGCUUUAUGGGGAGAUGCGUUGAACGGACAUUUUGAUUUCGAGGAUGUUUCCCACCUCGUCAGCAGUAGCAAAGGAAUUACAAAACCUCCUGGUUUGGACAUAGAUAUUCUGUUUGCCAGAAAAUUUCAUGGAGACGAAGAGGCCUUUGAUGGAAAAGGAAACAUGGUUGCGCACUCCGGGUACCCUCCUCACGGAAUUCUUCACCUGGACGCUGAUGAAGAUUGGUCAUUCGAUGGUUCACACGGUGUCGAUUUGCGUUACGUGAUGAUUCAUGAAAUUGGUCACCUUCUUGGAUUGCGACAUUCUCGCAAAAAAUCUUCUGUUAUGAGCAAAUAUUAUCGGACGCUCGCUACCGGAAUGCGCUUGCCACAUGUGGACGUCGAGUCAAUCAGGCGUUUGUAUAGCGUUGGGACGAACUAUAGAUGA